AUGCUCGGGUGGUGCCAUUACUGCGGACGCGGCACCCCCACAGACAAGCCGAAAGCAAUCGAGCUCAUCCGCCAGAGCCGAACGGUCACAUUUGGCCUUGGGGAAGACUGCCUCAGCUCGCGUACCCCAAUUUCGUCGGACUCGCCUGCCGCCCGUCAAUUCUUUAGGUUGUGCGAGAUCGGCUCGGAGAGGGACUGGAUAUGUGCCCACCUCGUGGCCGUUUGCUACAUGGGAGGCUUCGGCGUAACAAAGGACCAAAUCCGAUCGGUUGCGAUUUUUGAGAAGCUCGCUUCGCAGGACCGGGAUGUAAGCCAGUACUGGCUUGGCCGAUGCUACGGAAGCGGCCGAGGCGUGGCCAUGGAUCACUCCGCUGAAUACCAGUGGUACAGUCGAUCAGCCAACCAGGGCAACUCGUACGCACAAAAUAUGGUCGGCCGGUGCUACGAAAAUGGUUGGGGUGUUGUCAGGGACUAUACCAAAGCUCUGGAAUGGUAUCGCAAGGCAGUCGAGCUUGGAAGCGCCACGGCCCAAAACAACCUGGGGCUGUGCUACGAAAACGGCUAUGGUGUCGCUGCUGAUUUCGCCAUCGCAGCCAGUUGGUAUCGCAAGGCUGCAGAGCAGGGCAACAUGUAUGCGCAGUACAAUCUUGCUGUUUUCUACGAGGAAGGUCGCGGGCUGCCCAAGGACAUCGAGAAGGCCGCCAGCUGGUAUCGCCAAUCUGCUGAUCAGGGCUAUUCCGAAGCGCGCCAUGGCCUCGAGGACCUCAGGAACCGGGGUCUUGUGAUCUGA